CCUAGUGUAAAUGUAUCUCAUGCUUCCCUUUUAUGCAAAUAUCCCAGUCUAAUACGAUCUGGCUUUGGAUUCUGCAACUUUAAGUGGCUGAAGGGGGGGGGGGGUUCAGCUGUGUUGCUUCUUAGGCAACCAGGUGAGAAGCAGCACCUGCUGCCUUUCCAGCUUCACCCCAGGCAGCCAUUGAGGUCGCAAGGAGGAGGAGGCGGUAGUGACGGCGCCGGGAGGAGGGCGCAUGCGCGGGGAGAGCGGGCGGGGCCUGGAGAGCGCUUGCCAGCCAUGCUGGGCAUCGUCGGGGGCGGGAGGGCGCUGCUCCGGGCCCUGCGCGGGAGUCAAGUCACGAGGAGGACGUUCUCCGCGAUGUCUUCACAGGCUCAUUGGUUGACCACAGAAGAAAGGAACCAAGUUUUAUAUGAUCUCAAAUCUACUGGUUGGUCUGAGCUCACAGAAAGAGAUGCUAUAUACAAGGAAUUCACCUUCAAAACAUUCAAUCAGGUCCUCUGGGGAGCAGCUAUUCCAACCAGCCAGAAUCUGACUGGCAUCUGUCACUCAAAGGACCUUUUCAUUGGAUGCCCUAAGAUUGUGGAAUGAUCAGCCGGAAAACGUUAGAGGAAAGCUGGAACCAAGAGUUUGAUUCAGGGCUGAAAUAUCUGUGGUGAAUUCAACAAAAAAUUUUGUGGCAUCUUGAAGAUACUUUUACUUACAGCAGACUUUUGUGAACCACAACACAUUCUGUCAGGUGCUAAAUAAAAUAUCUUAGUCUUUAAAUUGUUAUGUGUCUUUAUUUUUCUUUUGAAAGAUUAAUUGCAACCUCUUUUUUCCAUUCCUCAACUUAUGGCCAAUUAGUAAGCUUAUUAUAAGAUAUGUGUGCAUAUGUCUGUGUGUAUUCAUUUCCAGAAAGGAACAGUGGGGGAAAGGUUGAAAGGAACUGUAUACAUGUUCCUUUUCAAUAUAAUUUAUGCAAAUGUUCAUAUACAUCCACUUGGGAUCCACUGGGGUUUGGUUCCUGGAUAUCAAACUCCAUGGUCCCAUUAUAUACAAUGGCAAAUUAAAUAAAAUGGUAAAAUCAGAGUUUGUCUUUUGGAAAUUAAAAAAAAUCAUCCUAUUAAUUGUUGAAUUAAUGGAUAUAUAAUCUGUGGAUACAACUGUGUGUUCAGGUUGCUCUCUCUCAUGGAUUUAAAUACACGUAUAGGUAUACCUCAUUUAAUAAAGUAGACGUGAUCCUGGCAUUAGUUCUUUAACAGAGAAUAUAGUUACUAGAGGCAGAAAUAACAUUGAAAGAAUAGUGCUAAUUUCCUCCUCCACAAGAAAGAGUUCAACAUGGUUCAGCAAACUUUCUGUCCAGAAGUAACAAUUUGCACAUGUAUAAUGGCAAGCCUGGAUAACUAAACAAACACAUUUUGAACCUUCUGAAGACCACUGAAGGCUUCUUUCAAAAUGCAUUGAAGUAUGAUUUUUAAAAUUUCCCAUUUUAUUUUUUCUAUUUUGCUUAUGAUUGGUAAAAAGGAGUUUCUUUGUCAGAGGCUUUGUUAACCGAGGUGUGCCUGUAGUAUAAAACACCCCCAAUAGUCAAUUAAACCUUCAUUAAUUUAUACUAGAAUUCUGCACUUCAGCUUUUAUUGCUCUCAGUAUUUAUAACAAAAGUCUUCCAAAAUGUGGUGAAAGGUCUGCUUUACCAGAUUUUUGGAGAUGAAACUGCUCUACUCUGCAUCCACAUCAGCUUGGUGUAUUUCUCCUUGCAUCUCAAGCUGCCUUUUUAAAGAGGCUCACAGACAAUACUGGAUUUCAUCACAAAAGGAAACAUGUGGGAUGGGGGACAGUAAUGUGUCUUUUUGUAGGUACAUACUAUAUGGCUGCAUCUAAAAAAAACUAAGGAAACAGAAUUUCUUGGUUUUGUAAUUUGUUAUUACAAAAUUACAGCUCUCUGGACUUUAAGAGAGCUGACUUCCAAAAAAUGAAGGCAAUACUGAGCAGCAUGCCAUGGACGCCAAUAUUAAAAGACAAGGGAGUUAAGGAUGGAUGGGAGUUUUUUAAAAGUGAAAUACUCAAGGCACAAAUGCAAACAGUGCCAACAAAGAAAGAAAAAAUAAGACAAGUGCGAAGAAGCCAGAAUGGAUGUCCAAAGAACUUCUAACCGGGCUAAGACUCAAAAGAGACAUGCACAAGAAGUGGAAAAGGGGAGAAAUCACCAAAGAAUUCAAACAUAUAGCCAACUCCUGUAGGGAAAAGUUUCGCAAGGAGAAGAUGGGGUGAUCAAGGUCAGCUACAUCCAAGAGUAUUGAAGGAACUAGCUGAGGUUAUUUCAGAACCACUGGCAAUGAUCUUCAAGAGUUCUUGGAGAACAGGAGAAGUCCCAGCAGAUUGGAGGAGGGCAAAUGUGGUCCCUAUCUUCAAGAAGGGAAAAAGAAAGACCCAAACAAUUACCGUCCGGUCAGCCUCACAUCAAUACCAGGCAAGAUCCUGGAAAAUAUCAUUAAGGAAGUGGUCUGCGAACAUCUAGAAACAAAUGCAGUCAUUGCUAAUAGCCAACACAGAUUUACCAAAACCAAGUCAUGCCAGACUAAUCUGAUCUCUUUUUUUGAUACGAGUUACAAGUUGGGUUGAUACAGGGAAUGCCGUGAAUGUAGCCUACCUGGAUUUCAGUAAGGCCUUCGACAAAGUCCCCCACAACUUUCUGGCAAACAAACUAGUAAAAUGUGGGCUGGACAAAACUAUGGUUAGGUGGAUCUGUAAUUGGCUAAGCGAACGAACCCAAAGGGUGCUCACCAAUGCGUCGUCUUCAUCUUGGAAAGAAGUGACGAGUGGAGUGCCGCAGGGUUCCGUCUUGGGCCCGGUUCUGUUCAAUAUCUUUAUUAAUGACUUAGACGAAGGGUUAGAAGGCACAAUCAUCAAGUUUACAGAUGACACCAAACUGGGAGGGAUAGCUAACACUCCAGAAGACAGGAGCAGAAUUCAAAACGGUCUUGAUAGAGUAGAGAGAUGGGUCGAAACUAACAAAAUGAAGUUCAACAGGGACAAAUGCAAGAUACUUCACUUCGGCAGAAAAAAUGGAAUGCAAAGAUACAGAAUGGGGGACUCCUGGCUCGACAGCAGUAUGUGUGGAAAAGAUCUUGGAGUCUUCGUGGACAACAAAAAUAUGAGCCUACAAUGUGAUGCGGCUGCUAAAAAAGCCAACGGGAUUCUGGCCUGCAUAAAUAGGGGUAUAGCGUCUAGAUCCAGGGAAGUCAUGCUACCCCUCUAUUCUGCCUUGGUUAGACCACACCUGGAAUACUGUGUCCAAUUCUGGGCACCACAAUUGAAGGGAGAUGUUGACAAGCUGAAAAGCAUCCAGAGGAGGGUAACUAAAACGAUUAAGGGUCUGGAGAACAAGCCCUAUGAGGAGUGGCUUAAAGAACUAGGCAUGUUUAGCCUGCAGAAGAGAAGGCUGAGAGGAGACAUGAUAGCCAUGUACAAAUACGUGAAGGGAAGAUAUAGGGAGGAGGGAGCAAGCUUGUUUUCUGCUGCCCUGGAGACUAGGAUGCGGAACAAUGGCUUCAAACUUCAGGAAAGGAGAUUCCACCUGAAUAUCAGGAAGAAUUUCCUCACUGUGAGAGCUGUUCGGCAGUGGAACUCUCUGCCGUGGACUGUGGUGGAGGCUCCUUCUUUGGAGGCUUUUAAGCAGAGGCUGGAUGGCCAUCUGUCGGGGGUGCUUUGAAUGCGAUUUCCUGCUUCUUGGCAGGGGUCUCUUCCAUGAGGUCUCUUCCAACUCUACUAUUCGAUGAUUCUAUGUAUGUUCCCCCAUUUUCCUGUAUUGUCAGCCAGGAUUCAUAUUUACUUUGGCCAAAUGGCAUUAGAAAAUGAUAUUUAGAAAAUGUUGAGGAACUACAGAGGUGACUGGAGUACUUGAAGGCAGUUUAUAAAAACCACUAUGUUUAUUAAAUAAAGACUUCAGCUUAAAGGCUUCAUUUAGCUUUCUGUUCAACUUUUCUGUGUCUUAUGUCUGAUGUGAACAAGUAAACUGCAUGCGAGUGUUAGGAUCACAUUUAAUAUUUAAAGCAGAAAAGUUUUCUAAGGGUGCUUGUCUGUUUUUUAAAAAAUAUUGAAUAAUUUGGUUACAUAUUAUCCUUGCUGAAUACAUGUGCAAUCUUUUAAUGGCAAAAUCUGCAUGUAGGAUCCAGUCGUACAAAGUAAUACAUUUGACAGACCCUACAAAAAUGAAUGGAGCUUCUAUAAGAGGAGAUUUUUAAUUUGUUGUAUUCUCAUGCAGUUAUUUUUAGAUCUUGAAUCAUAGAUAUGAUAAUAAAUAUCCCUUCAGAUUGUCACAUAUUUGUUUAAAGACUAGUUCAGUACUCGUAUAUGGAGAUCCCUUCCAUAGCAGAUCAAACAGUCAUUUUUGCAUAAAAUAUUCAUAUUUAUCAGUUCCUUAGGCUCAGAGCAAAGUGUGCAGAUUCCUGUAUUUUAUCUAUAUAGGAUAUUAAUGUAUAUUUUAGAUGUUCUCUGAACUGCUUAAUCAGGACAUUCUUCUGGAUGUUUUGCACAGAAUGGAUUUGUAUCAAGCAAGGUUUCCUUGCUCAUAUUUAUUAUUUUAAAAAUCAGGUGGCUGUUCUUCAUAGCUGGAUGAUAUGAUGGGAAAUAUGUGGAUUGAUGUAACAGAAAUGCAUGGAUCUGUAAAAAAAGAAAAGACAAGAAUGAACAGACAAGUGGCACUUUAAAUGACACUCUCCUUCUUGCUUGUAUCCAUAGUUGGAGAAAGUGGAAAGGAAGCAUUUCCAAACUAACGAGUGUUGCUGUGAGAGAUUACAGUUAAGCAGUGAGAUUGGGUCACUUGAAAGUUAAGAAUGUGAUCAUAAGCUAAAAAGCAAUGUUACUCUAGACUACAUCAAUAGGAAUAUAAUGUCUAGAUUGAGGGAAGCAAUAGACUCACUCUAUUCUGCUUUGGUCAGUACUGUGUCUGGUUCUGGCUACCACAGUUCAAGAGGAUAUUGACAAGCUGGAAGGUAUCCAGAAAAGGGCAAAGUGGGAAAAUGUCUAGAAAAUGGGUGCUAUGAGGAGCAGCUCAAGAGUCGGGUAUGCUUAGCCCUGGAGAAGAGAAGGUUAAGAGGGGACAUGAAAUCCAUAUUGAAAUAUUUGAAAAAAUGUUACAUGGAAGAUGGAGCAAACUUGUUUUCUGCUGCUUCAGAGACUUGGAUACUUGGACACAGAAUAGUGGAUUCAAACUACAGGAAAAGUGAUUCAACUUAAACAUUUGGAAGAACUUCUUGACAGUAAGAGUUGCUUGACACUGGGUCAGAGAAAUGUUUACUUCAGCUCCCAGAAUUCCUGACCAUUGAUCAAGCUAGCUAAGGCUUCUGGGAAGUGGAGUCCCAAUCGCCUGGAGGGUCGCAGAUUGUGCAGGCCUGCUCUCAAGAAUGAUGCCAUUACCUAUGCAGGCCUGUUUUUUAGCCACGCUUCCAUCUCCAUCACUGGGAGUGUCCCCCUUCCUCCUUCCUUUCAUCAGUAGCAGCUUAAACAAGAAACCUUGAUCACCAGUAACAGACAGCUGUUUUUAACUCUCAACCAUAUGUAAAAUCUUUUAGUUCAACUUGAGGGAAUUUGUCCUAGUGUGAUGCCUCUGGGCCUUGUAGUCCUGCUCCUAGUGCCAUCGUGGCAGAUGAAGACGAAAACAUGGGGUUUUCGCCGGUUCAACAAGAGCCGGAGUCCUUUUACCUGCCGGAUGUUGAUGUUUGUCCCCAAGAAUUCAGUAAAACAGACCUGGGACAUUCCUCGCCUCCGUUCCCUAGAAAAGAAUCCUACUGUGCUGACAGAGGAGUCAGGGAACAGAAUCGCAGGAGUUUACGGAUUGCUGCCAAACAACAGGCUGAUUAGACCUGCUUCCCUUGGGAAAUUCUAAGGAGUCUUGCAUCUGGACAAAGUUGGGUUUCGCUUCCCGUUCUCUAGGGAAAGAAAUUGUUGGCGGGAAAACGAGACCCCAAUAUAGGUGCCUGACGCGGGAGAAUCUUUGCGGAGUCAACAGAGCAGCUUCAGGAGUAAGAUCGUGUGUGGACUUCGUAACCCCAGUUCCUUGCUUCCCUGAUUAAGUAAUCAAGACUUGCCUCGCUUUGCUUUUAACCACGGACCUUGUUCCAAGAAUCACUGUUUGCCUUGUAUCCAGCCUUGUUUCCAGCCUUGUUGUCAAGCUACCUAGGACUCCUGAGACUCAGACAUUUCCCCACACUAUUGCUUGGCAAUAGUUUACGGAUUGCUGCCAAACAAUAGUGUGUGUUUCGGUAUUGGAUAAAGAACUUUGAACUCUAAUAUCAUUUAUUGGACAAUACAUUUUUGGACUAUAUUUGACCUCAUCUGAAAGGUCUGCUUCUGAACUAUAUUCUUCACUUGUUUUUAUUGCUUUUAUACAUUUACUUAAUAAAGAUAUUAGAUAGAGAUUGGCCUCCAUGUAUGGUUCUUGGUGCCCUGCUGCCAGGGGUCUGACAGUUUGACUCCGCCACAAAAGCACCAAGCAACCUAAGGCCAAUAUGUCUGUUACACCAGGAGCCGGAGCGGGCGGCCCUACCCAGCCACCACCCAGUUACACCAUUUCCCAGGAUGAAUUCAACCGGAUCCGGGACAAACUUCGAGAGCAAGAGGGAGAAAUUCGGGGCUUGAAGGAUCGCGGAGUCCGACUCCCUGCCCUAGCACUACCAACCAAGUUCUCCGGAGAAGCCUCCAAGGUUCAUGUUUUCCGUCGCCAGUGCAUGGCAUACCUAGAAGCCCGCCACACCGAGUUUCCCCAAGAAGAUGUCAAGGUGGCGUGGAUUUACAGUCUCCUAGAUGGACCUGCGGCCACAUGGGUGACGGCGCUGUACGAUGCGGGUUCCACGCACUUAAACACCGCACAGCAAUUCCUGGUCCAUCUUCGAAACACCUGGGGAAUCGAGGAUGAUGAAGAGGCGGCCGGCCACAAACUCCGACGCCUCUUCCAAGGGGACAGACCGCUGUCCCGGUACAUAGCCGAGUUCCGGGUGUUGGCUCAAAACACCGGCUGGAACGACAUAGCCCUCAGGACAAUUUUGCGAGGGCCUCAAUCUUGAGAUGCAGGAAGAAAUCUCUAAGGUGGAUCCCCCUGGGACUCUUGAAAGACUCAUCGCCCAUUGUUUACGGGCUGAAGUCCUGCUCGCCAACAAGAAACAGUGGCUCCGAGGCCAGAGUGGAAGAGCCGGAGUAAAACCCCCCUCUUCUGCCAGUGUCCAGCCUCGUCCGGUAUGGAGACCCCCACAGCCAGCCACUAACCCCAUGGGAAGCGAGGAGGAGCCGAUGCAACUGGGCAAUGUGCGUCCCAGGCUGGAUGUUGCAGAAAAGGCCCGCCGCCAACGCUUGAAUCUGUGCUGGUACUGUGGGAAUGGGGGCCACUUCGCCAGGGAGUGCCCAGCCAAGAAGAAGCCCCCGCCCGUCUGGCGGCGGUGUCCUCCGCGGAAGCGGAGGCUGCCGAGGCGGCUGGAACAAAGCCGGCGGGGGAAGCCAGCGACCGGGUGUAGAGGGGCUCGCCAACCCGGUCAAAAACUCCUCUCAAGAGCCGCAAACGGGGGUCCUAUUUGUCCUGGUGGUCACACUGUGGUCAGUAAAAAAGGGACCCGUCAUGAUCCAUGCCAUGAUAGACUCAGGGGCAACAAACAAUUUCAUCGAUAGAGACUAUGCUAACUCCCUGGGACUACAAUACCAUGAUUUCAAGAACGCCCGGGUGGUGCAAGCCAUAGACGGCCGACCCCUGAAGACAGGUCCAGUAAGCCAAUGGACCGAGCCCACCAGAAUGUGGAUAAGAGAACACAUGGAAGAAAUCUCCUUCUUCGUUACUGAGGUUCCUCAUUUCCCCGUGAUCUUGGGUAUCCCGUGGUUGACACUCCAUGACCCAAACAUUUCCUGGUCUAACAGGGAACUGCAGUUCGCUUCAAAGUACUGCCAAAACCAUUGCCUAGUCGCCAGGGUCUAUGCCACAGACACAGAACCCAUCAUCACCUUGCCCAAGAAAUAUUCGGAUUUUUGGGAUGUUUUCAAUGAAAAAGAAGCCGAGAAACUACCCCCACAUAGACCCUAUGACUGUGCCAUUGAUCUGGUGGAGGGGGCCCCAAUUCCGCGAGGACACCUCUACUCCCUGACUGAACCAGAGCAGGAAGCUCUCAGGGAGUUUAUAGAGACAAACCUCCGCAAGGGGUUUAUCAGGCCUUCCCAAUCCCCAGCCGCUUCCCCGGUGAUGUUUGUGAAAAAGAAAUCAGGGGACCUACGCUUGGUCGUGGACUAUCGAGCACUGAACAACAUCACGAAGCGGAACCGCUACCCAUUGCCACUGAUCGCGGACCUAUUGGAUCGACUCCGGGGGGCCAAGGUUUACACCAAACUGGAUCUUCGCGGGGCUUACAAUUUGGUUCGCAUUAGAGAAGGGGACGAAUGGAAAACCGCCUUCCAGACCAAAUUCGGAUUAUUUGAAACACUAGUCAUGAAUUUCGGAUUAUGUGGGGCCCCUGCAACAUUCCAGCAUUUUGUCAAUGAUAUUUUCCAGGACUACCUAGACUGUUUUUUGAUUAUAUAUUUGGACGAUUUUUUGGUGUUCUCGAAAUCACAAACAGAACACGAUCAGCACGUCAGAAUGGUGCUACAACGAUUGCGGGAUCAUGGACUAUACGUCAAGUUAGAAAAAUGCGCCUUUGAUUUGCAAGAAGUAGACUUCCUGGGAUACCGCGUCUCGCCACUAGGGCUAUCCAUGGAUCCGACAAAAGUUUCGGCCGUGUUGGAAUGGCGGGCGCCAACUAACAAAAAGGAAGUACAGCGCUUCUUGGGGUUUGCAAACUACUACCGCAAAUUCAUCCCAGAUUUCGCUUGCUGGUCUGACCCAAUCACCAGCUGUAUCCGAGGGAAACAGCCUUUCCGCUGGACAGAACAAGCUGAAAGGGGUUUCCAGCAGCUAAAGCGAUUAUUCACGACCCAGCCAAUUCUACAGCACCCUGAUCCAAAAACCCCUUUUGUUGUUCAGGCAGAUGCCUCCGAUGUGGCAGUAGGGGCUGUGCUGAUGCAACCAGUGGGAGAACAUCUCCAUCCAUGUGCCUAUUACUCACGCCAACUAACAGCUCCAGAAAGAAACUAUACCAUUUGGGAAAAGGAGCUCUUAGCCAUAAAGACAGCCUUUGAAAACUGGAGGCAUUGGUUAGAAGGGGCCAAAUUCCCCAUUGAAGUUCAUACAGACCAUCGGAAUUUAGAGCACCUAAGGACCGCACGAAAGCUAAACCAAAGGCAACAACGCUGGGCUUUGUUCUUUGAACGUUUUGACUUCCGGAUCCACUAUGUGACUCCUGCUCAGACCAAGCAAGCAGAUGCCCUAUCACGAAAACCGGAGUAUGCAACAGGGCGCAGAGACACCUCAGAAUCUCGAUUGCUGCAACCCGAGAACUUUGCCACGCUCACAGUGGGAAACACCAAAUCCACUUCAAUUGAGCCAGCUCCUCCUAACCCAAAAACCCCAACCACAGAGUCCCUUCUCACUCAAGAGAUUAGGGCCAGUCAACAGACAGAUGCCUGGGCCCAAGACCAGAUUCGCAAAGGACUACGUUUCCCUUUCUCACGUAAGAACGGUCUAUUAUGCUACAGAAACCAUGUUUACAUCCCUCCAGGCCCCGGCAGAGAAAAAGCACUUCGUUUGUGCCAUGACAGCAAGCCUGCCGGACAUUUUGGGCUAUUCAAAACCAUGCACUUGAUCCUGCGAGAUUUCUGGUGGCCCAAGAUUCGCAAGGAUGUGGAAAAUUAUGUCAACACCUGCCCUGUAUGCCAGCGUUCCAAGACGCGAAGGGAGAAGCCGUCAGGGCUACUGCACCCCCUUCCCACACCUUCUCGCCCAUGGGAGAUAAUUUCCGCGGAUUUUAUCACAGAUCUACCACCAUCCCUUGGAUUCACCACGAUUCUAGUAGUGGUGGACCUUUUCACCAAGAUGGCCCACUUCAUCCCCUGCGAUGGUCUUCCCACGGCCAAAGAGACCGCAGACUUAUUUCUUCAACAUGUAUUCCGACUACAUGGAUUGCCCAAGAGUUUGGUCACUGACCGUGGAUCUCAAUUCACCUCUCGUUUUUGGAAAGCCCUGCAAAAACUAUUGGGCAUAGACUCUCGUUUAUCCUCAGCUCACCAUCCCCAAACAGAUGGACAAACUGAGCGCACCAAUGCCACUUUGGAACAAUAUCUUCGCUGUAAUGUAAACUACCAACAGGACAGUUGGGCUUCCCUAUUACCUCUUUCAGAGUUUGCAUACAACAAUGGUGUCCAGAAUUCAACUAAAAAACCCCCGUUUUUUGCGAACUAUGGUUUCCACCCCUGUUUCUUCCCUCCCAUCGUGGAGACCUCAGAAGUCCCUGCAGCAGAGGAUUGGCUACAGGGACUCACAGCGGUGCAAGAACUCUUGCACCAGCAACUUGAUCAAGCCAAGGAGGACUACAAACGCCACGCUGACAGCCAUCGCCAGCCUGGCCCCGAGAUCAAGGUAGGAGAUCGGGUUCUGUUGUCCACUCGCUUUUUGCCCUCCCACCGUCCCUGCCAGAAGUUAGAUGCCCGUUUCAUUGGUCCCUACCCAGUGGUGGCGCAACUUAACCCUGUGACUUUCAAACUCCAACUUCCGCGCUCCAUGCGCAUUCAUCCGGUGUUCCAUCGUUCUCUGCUCCUUCCGGCGGAUGGUGUACGCCCCGACGCGAGCCAGCCGCCCCCCGCCCCUGUUUUAGUGGACGGAGAGGAGGAAUUCGAGGUUCAGGACAUUUUGGAUUCUCGCUUCCACCGCCGCCGCCUUCAGUAUCUCAUUGCCCCCGACUUAGUCCGCCGCUUCCACCAGGCCUACCCUUCCAAGCCGCGGCCCCGCGACUCUCGGAGAGGGGCCCUGAAUGAGGGGGGCCUUGGGAGAGGGGAUAGUGUGAUGCCUCAUGGGCCUUGUAGUCCUGUUCCUAGUGCCAUCGUGGCAGAUGAAGACGAAAACAUGGGGUUUUCGCCGGUUCAAUAAGAGCCGGAGU